GCCGUCGCCGCCGCCGACGCGCGCGGGACAGAUUGAUUCACUUUGGAGCUGUAAGUACUGAUUAUUAGGGUGCAGCGCUCAUUGUACAGUGACGCAGGAUCCCACAAUGAGUAUCCAAGAGCAGGGUUUCCCUUUGGACCUUGGAGCGAGUUUCACCGAAGAUGCCCCCCGACCCCCAGUGCCUGGUGAGGAGGGUGAACUGGUGUCCACAGACCCCAGGCCCAUCAGCCACAGCUUCUGCUCCGGGAAGGGUGCCGGGGUUAAAGGUGAGACUUCAGCAGCCACACCAAGGCGCUCGGAUCUGGACCUGGGGUAUGAGCCUGAGGGCAGCGCCUCCCCCACCCCGCCAUACUUGAAGUGGGCUGAGUCGUUGCACUCGUUACUGGACGAUCAAGAUGGGAUAAACCUGUUUAGGACUUUCCUGAAGCAGGAGGACUGUGCUGACCUGCUGGACUUCUGGUUCGCCUGCAGCGGCUUCAGGAAGCUGGAGCCCUGUGACUCGAAUGAGGAAAAGAGGCUGAAGUUGGCCAAAGCCAUUUACCGCAAAUAUAUCCUCGAUAACAACGGCAUCGUAUCCAGGCAAACUAAGCCAGCUACCAAGAGCUUCAUAAAGGACUGCAUCAUGAAGCAGCUGAUAGAUCCUGCCAUGUUUGACCAGGCCCAGACGGAGAUCCAGUCCACCAUGGAAGAAAACACCUACCCCUCCUUCCUCAAGUCUGAUAUUUAUUUGGAAUAUACGAGGACAGGCUCGGAGAGCCCAAAGCUCUGUAGUGACCAGAGCUCUGGGUCGGGGACAGGGAAGGGCAUACCUGGAUACCUGCCCACUUUGAAUGAAGAUGAGGAAUGGAAGUGUGACCAGGACCUGCACGAAGACAGCGGCAGAGACCCUGCUCCCCCCGGCAGGCUCACGCAGAAGCUGCUUCUGGAGACGGCUGCCCCGCGGGCCUCCUCAAGUAGACGGUCCAGCGAAGGCAGAGAAUUCAGGUGCGGGUCCUGGCGGGAGCCUGCCAACCCUUACUACGUCAGCUCCGGCUACGCCCUCGCCCCGGCCACCAGUGCCAACGACAGUGAGCAGCAGAGCCUAUCCAGUGAUGCCGACAGCCUGUCCCUCACCGACAGCAGCGUGGAUGGAGUCCCGCCAUACAGGACCCGUAAGCAGCACCGCCGGGAGAUGCAAGAGAGCGUCCAGGUCAACGGGCGGGUGCCCCUACCUCACAUCCCUCGCACUUACCGAAUGCCAAAGGAAGUCCGCGUGGAGCCCCAGAAGUUCGCCGCGGAGCUCAUCCACCGCCUGGAGGCCAUCCAGCGGACACGGGAGGCUGAGGAGAAGCUGGAGGAGCGGCUGAAACGCGUCCGGAUGGAGGAAGAAGGUGAGGAUGGUGACAUGCCCUCUGGUCCCCCGGGGGCCACUCAUAAGCUGCCUUUGGCCACAGCCUGGCACCACUUCCCACCCCGCUAUGCAGACGUGGGCUGCGUGGGUCUGCGGGACGCGCACGAGGAGAACCCUGAGAGCAUCCUGGAUGAGCAUGUGCAGCGGGUCAUGAGGACGCCGGGCUGUCAGUCGCCGGGGCCCGGCCACCGUUCCCCUGACAGCGGGCACGUGCCCAAGAUUGUGGGGGUCCUAGGGGGCGUGCCCCCUGGGCACAGUAAGCACGCACCUAAGUCCGGGGUGAAGCUGGACGCAGCCGGCCCACACCUGCACAGGCACGGCCACCACCACAGUCACCACGGGGCGGCCAGGCCCAAGGAGCAGGCUGAGGCUGAGGCCUCCCGCCGCAUCCCGGGCAGCUUCUCUUGGGGCCCGGAGCUGCACGGCCACACAGCCAAGCCCCGUAGCCACUCAGAGAGCGUGGGCACCGCCCCCAAUGCGAGCGACAGCCUGGCCUACAGCGGGAAGUCUGGCACUGCCUCCAGAAGAAACGCCAAGAAGGCGGAGUCAGGGAAGGGCGCGGGAGCCGAGGUGCCUGGCCCCUCAGAAGACGCGGAGAAGAACCAAAAGAUCAUGCAGUGGAUCAUCGAGGGGGAGAAGGAGAUCAGCCGGCACCGCAAGGCUGGCCACGGGUCUUCCGGUGCCAAGAAGCAGCAGGUGCACGAGAGCCCCAGGCCCUUGUCCGUGGAGCGCCCCGGGGCCGUGCACCCUUGGGUCAGCGCUCAGCUUCGCAACUCCGUGCAGCCCUCUCACCUCUUCGUUCAAGACCCCACCAUGCCGCCCAACCCAGCCCCCAACCCUCUGACCCAGCUGGAGGAGGCCCGCAGGCGCCUGGAGGAGGAAGAGAAGAGAGCCAGCAAGUUACCCUCAAAGCAGAGGUAUGUGCAGGAGGUCAUCCAGCGGGGGCGCUCCUGUGUCAGGCCAGCGUGCACACCUGUGCUGAGCGUGGUGCCAGCCGUGUCCGACUUGGAGCUCUCGGAGACAGAGUCGAAGUCGCAGAGGAAGGCGGGCAGUGGGAGCGCCCAGCCGUGUGACAGCAUCGUGGUGGCCUAUUACUUCUGCGGGGAGCCCAUCCCGUACCGGACCCUGGUGCGGGGCCGAGCCGUCACUCUGGGCCAGUUCAAGGAGCUGCUGACCAGGAAGGGCAACUACAGAUACUACUUCAAGAAGGUGAGCGACGAGUUUGACUGCGGCGUCGUGUUUGAGGAGGUUCGGGAAGAUGAGACCGUCCUGCCGGUCUUCGAGGAGAAGAUCAUCGGCAAGGUGGAGAAGGUGGACUGACCCGCCAGCCGGGCCUCCGCGCCAGGUUGGGCCCUCGUCAGGCAGGGGCCAGGGCGGCCUCCGAGGGUCCUGUGGGUCACCUGCUUGGUGUGUAUGCAGACAACACAACUACUGGCAGAAGGCCACCGGCUCUUCGGGCCAUCUGUGUCCGGACGGGCAGGGGUCCCUCUGCGGGUCCCACAGGCCUCCGUCCUGCAGCUGACGAGGAGGGUGCGCGGUCCACUCCUCAGCAACAGUCGGUCCGCCUGGGCGGGUAGCCCGCCCCGGAGCCACCUCGACCGCCCUCCGUGUCGCCCUGCUGCUGACCGCGGGCAGGCCCGCCCGCUCCUCGCCCCGCGCUCACACUGCAGGCUCUGCCCCUCCCCCUGGGACUCGUCCGCCGCGCCCUGCCCCGCUCGGGCCUGGCCCGGGCCUGGGGGGCCAGGGGCCCCGCGGGGGCCUCUGUAAAUUGUACAUGUCACCGAGUGCCUUCAACACAGCUUGUCUCUUGCCUGCCACUGUGUGGAUCCGGCGCCGGAGCCCGGAGCGCUCUCCCUCCUCCACCCUCCGUUUCCAGAGCGCGGGCUCAGCGGGUCCCGGGCCCCCCCCACCUCCCCUUUAAGGGCCCGUGUAAAUAUGUACAUUUCUCAGGCCAGGGCCAGCGGGGUGGAGGGGCUGCCCCAGCCCAUUUUUCAUGCGCUGACUUGUACAAUUAUCUUUUCAAAGGUACUUGGAUAAUAAUGGAAUAAAAUCAUUUUUGAACCUUC